UGUGCAAGUUAUUGUUAUUGUACUGUUUGCGGCAUUAAAACUCUCAGCUAAAGCGUUGUGCUAUUGGUUGAUCACAACAAUACCCAAGAAAAUAAUUUUUUCCCUCCAGGAGCUCAUUUCAUUCGAUAGUCAGAACGGCAUCGACACAGGCCGGCUCGACACAGAUAUACACUGGCAUUUGUUUUUGCCCUACGCUGCUUUAUAUGAGAGCGAAGAGUUACAGAUAUGGAGAAAAUUGUGUUUAUUUUGGCAGCCUUGGCUUUUUUCUUACUUGCAGAACUGCCAAACUCUGAAGCCGAAAAUGAUGUGAUAGUGAGCAAAUGCUCUGAAAUGGAAAAGAAGGACGAGGACAUGAAAUGCGCGCAUGGCUUCCUCAAGAAAAUUCGACACCCAUCUGCCAACUGCAGCCAUGAGUUAAAGAAAUUCAUGGAGUGCAAUAGAAACGUCACAGUCGACAAGUGUUACGGCGAAUACAUAAAAACACAUAGCUACAUGAAAGAGCCAAUCAAAAGAAUGGCUGACAUGAAAGCCAAGCUUCAUCACUUUGGACGGUUGCUGUGUGGUAUUGAUGGGCCUCCCGUGAACAAUAGCGGGCUGCCCAAACCGGUAGCAGAUAUGCUGAAGUGCGAUAACGAGUUUCUUGACAAAGGCGAAGAAUGCGCCGACACAUUUCAUAACAAGUUUAAGGCCAACAGGAACUCCACUCAUCUGUGCAAGUUUUUCAUGGAAGCAAAAAUCUGUUUUGAAGGGAAGAUGAAGAAGUAUUGUGAAAAACCGCCACCACGUGACCCCUUCAACCCGUUUUGCAAGGACAUGAAGGAUCCUCCACCCAAAGCAGGCGCUGGAAAAGCUUUCAUCAGCGUGGUCCUCUCAUUUAUGGCCUUUGGCUUUUGUUUGUUGUUGUAGGGUUAUAUCCCUUUCUUUCAGUGAACUUCACCCUAAAAUUGAAUCACUAUUAGCAUGAAGAGGAACCAAAACACUCAGCCUUCCAGAAAUGAGACAACUAGGUCAAGUUAGGUCAACUGUACUGUAAAGAUUAAACACGCUUAUAUCGAUAAAACACGAGGUGGCGCUAAGAGAAUUUGUGUGCAAACUCUCUUGAAUUUCAGUAGCCAUUUGAAAAUAUCUUCCUGUGUUUUUCAAAGUAUUGCUUUCUUACUUAAUCACUCAUUCCUCACCGUUUGUUAAUGAUAUUGAAUUCAUACAGGCGAGGAACUAGCCAAUUUAACUUUAAAACUGUUCUAAUAAAGCACUCAAAAAACAAGCAUCGUGUUUAUGUGGUGUUGACUAUAAUUCUCUUUCACUCCUCGUUGGAGCUUUGAAAGCUUGAGUGAGCGGGAGGCGAGAAGUUCCUUUAAUUUGACAAAUUUGAAAUAAAAUAAUUUUUGGGGGCUUGUCCAUAGAUGUUUUCGCUGAAGAAAGCGUGGACUGUUAUGAUGAGGUGUGACGCUGCGAGAUUUAAAACUCUACAAGAAAGGGUUCUCUCGCGUUCCUUUCACAGAACUUGAAAUCAAAGCUAGACAGAAUACCUUGAGGCAAGGAUGCAAUGCUAUUAUUGUAUUCUGGAAUAUAUGAUAACUAUCGUCCCAUCCCGUGGAUUGGCUAGCAAGUUCUUAAAUUUAGACAGAUAUUACUAGUAUCU